AAAAAACGCAUAAUUUCAGAUUGAGAUCGCCAUGGCCGCCAUGGGAUGGUCCGACCUCCCCUCCGAGCUCCUCACCGACAUCGCCGGUAGGAUCAACGAGCUCGCCGACAUCGCCCGGUUUCGCUCCGUCUGCUCGUCAUGGCGAUCGGCGGCGCGGGACGCCGUGGCCGCCCCGCCGCCGCAGCCGCCGUGGCUUCUCCUCCCGUCGUCCCCGUCUCGGCUCUUCUUCUGCCCCCGGGAGGACCGAAUCUACCCAAACCUCCGCCUGCCCCACCCCGCCGCAGAGGUGCACCACCGCCGCCCCCGCCCCCACCUGUACGCGUCCCCGCAUGGAUGGGCGCUCGCCAUCGACCCGACAGAUCUGGCUGCUUCCCUCGUCCAUCCCUUCACCGGCGCCACCCGCCCGCUCCCGCCGCUCCCCUUCUUCUUCGCGGAGACGGAGGACCUGGCCUGGGACUGGUCUCCGCACGGCGUCAUGGCGUCCAGCGGCGAAGGCCUGCUCUUCUGCGCCGCCGAUCCGACGACAGCCGCCUCCUGGUCCCCGAUCCGUGCACUGUACGAUUGCAACGCCAGCAGCAUCAACUACGCCGGCGGCAAGUUCUUCGUCUUCGAGGAGGACGUCUGCCGCACCACCAUCGUCGACGCGGUCACCCUUGCCAUCGCCGCCGUGAUCCCGGCCCCCGCCGUCGAGCUCCCCGCCGAGGCGCGCGUCGCUGUCGCCGGCGACGAGCUCUUCCUCCUCGUCAAGUCAAAGUGGAUGUACCUCUUCAGCGACGACGUUGACUUCUCGAAGGCCUUCCAUGUCAACCACCGCAGCGUCAAUUCAGCCUGGCAGGAGCUCACAGGCAUCGGCGAGCGUGCGCUAUUCGUAGAUUCCCACCACGGGUUCGCAGUGCCGACGGCGGGGUUUGGCAAUCUCGAGAGCAACACAAUCUAUUCAGUGAGCAGCAAGAAGGUGAACUACAGCGUUUCGGCAUUUAGCCUGGAGACCCGUACCUCGAAGAAACUUGCGUGCCGCCUCAACGACCAGGAGAUGGCGAUGCGUGGUGAGAUGCCAUCGUGGAUCGUACCAAGAUUGGAUGAAGUCUGAAUCUGCAGGGUUGGGAGAUUCAUCAUUGUUGUGCAAUCACUGUUGAUAUAUGGUUCUAGGUAAUUUCUUCGGUAUCCUUGCAGUUCGAACCAGCAAUAAUCCCUAUAUAAGUUCACUCCUGUAAAUUCUUGAUUCUGUCGUUUAAAGUUUUCUUGAUAAUCAUGCAGUCCAGUAGAUUUGGGUCAUAUUUGUAGGAAAAUUGCCUUCAAAUUCAGUAUACUGUGUUGAUGUUCUAGUUUAAUAAAGGAUUGUAUGUUCUGUUCAUUCUCAAGCUUAAAUAAAGGUUUGCC